AUGACCACAACUGCAUGCGUGCUUCCACUGGUGUUUCACAAAGUCUAUAUGUAUGCAGUCUUCGCCAAAACUGUCGUUCUCUGCAGCAUCAUUGGAUUCGUACAUACCGUGGUCGUACUACCGUUUCUGUUAUCAAUUACCGAAGCGUUCGUUCCAUCGCGCCAGCCACUACCUCGCAAGCGGCAACCAGUUAACCUCCGGUCGUUCGGUGGGAAUCCAGCAGAAGUUGAUUUACUCAGCAGGACUCCGGCCAAUUCCGAAUUGAUUUCUGGCGAUCCAAACAAUUCUGACUUGCAGAGCAGGGAAGCACAGGCCAUUGAAAUGCAUGAGUUUCCAAAAGAUGAUUUAAAUUUACAUGAAACUGUCAGGAGCAUGCCGGUGAUCAGUAUUUGA